GGCAUGCUCAGUACCACAGACAGCCUUCAGAAGGGUGAGAUUGGUAAAAAUGUCCAAGGACAAUGUCUCAGUAUCGUCUCCCUCGGGUCUCCUGCUAGGCUUUACUGCUGCUAUGCAGUGAUCAUCGUCCUCUUUGGAGCUGUGAUUGCACUUUCUGUGGCUUUAUCAUUGUCAGUAAGAAACCAAGAACAGGUCUCAAUCAAAAAUACCUAUGCUCCUUGCCGAAGAGACUGGAUUGGAUUUGGAAGUAAAUGUUUUUAUUUUUCUGAAGACACAAGUAACUGGACAUUCAGUCAGAAAUUCUGCGUGGAACUAAAGGCCCAGCUAGCUCGAUUUGACAACAUUGAAGAACUGAAUUUUCUGAGGAGAUACAAAGGGACCUUUGACUACUGGAUUGGCCUGUACAGAGAGUCACCAGAGCACCCUUGGAGGUGGAUGGACAACACAGAAUAUAACAGCUCGGUUCCCAUCCGAGGAAUGGAAAAACAUGCCUACCUGAACAACAAGUGGAUCAGCAGUGCCAGGAUCUAUGCAGACAUGAGAUGGAUCUGUAGCAUGCCCAACAGCUGUAUCCUGCAAUGUCAAAUUCCUUUUGCUUCUUUCUUGUCUUUGUCAAAAGAUGCUUUGUAACCUGUAUCAACAGUUGCUGCUCUAUCUGCUAUCUUCCAACACUGUUAUCAAAAGAAACUGAAUAUUUGUUGGCAUCACAACUAAAAAUCAUCUUGGAGAUCAGCAUAUAUAGGGGUUUUAAACAACAUUGAUGCUUUUAAAAUGGGUGUUGACACUUGUGUCUUAACCCUUAGUACAAUUAAUGCACUUUAUGCAUUUUUUUCUGUAAUUUGUUAAAUUUUGGAGGGUAUUUUAUGUAUUUUUUAUGUAAUUGUGUAGG